AUGAACGGCUACAAUCAUGCCAACGGCGACUCUGACGGCCACGCUAGCACGCAAGCCAAUAUGGUCGCUGACAGCUCACAGCAAGAGCCCGUCGAGUUCGAUGCAACCGAGCAUCCUCACCGAAGAUACAACCCGUUGACACGCAGCUGGGUGCUCUGCUCACCCCACCGCACUAAGCGUCCGUGGCAAGGUCAAGAGGAAAAGCCACAGGGCACGUCUCUCCCCGCAUAUGAUGAGAAAUGCUACCUCUGCCCUGGCAACACACGUGCCACGGGUGAGAAAAACGACGAUUAUACCUCUACCUUUUUCUUCGAAAACGACUAUGCCGCGCUCAAACCACAAUCGGUAAUGGAAGAGAAGAACCAACAUCCUUUGCUCCAAUCACAGCCAGCUCGAGGUCGUUGCUACGUGAUUUGCUUCAAUCCGCAGCACAACUUGACGCUGGCGCAGCUUAGUACUCCACCCUUUUCGCCAGAUCAGCACAUUGUGCCAAUCAUUCGGAGCUGGCAGAAGAUUUACAAACAGAUCCCCGCUGAGAACCCAUUCGUCAAGUACAUUCAGAUCUUCGAGAACAAGGGCUCGGCGAUGGGUUGUUCGAAUCCACACCCUCACGGACAGGUGUGGUCGCUGGAUUACAUUCCGGAAGAGCCGAGCAAGGAGCUUGCUUCUCUCCGCGACUGGUCCAAGGACCCGGCUAACCAGGAUGCCAAGGUUAACCUAGGCGCAUUGGACGACCACGGACGCCCAUCCAUGCUGCUCACGCUCGCUAAGCUUGAAUUGUCGACCCCUGGUCGUCCCCGCGUCAUCACCUCCAACAGCCACUUUGUGGCCAUCGUACCUUACUGGGCGGUAUGGCCGUUUGAAGUGCUCCUGCUUCCUGCGCAACGUCAGAUCCGCAACAUCCUGCAGAUGACCGAAGUCGAGGUCGUCUCGCUGGCUCGCAUCUUGGCCGAGACCACUUGUAAAUUGGACAACGUCUUCAAGUGCUCGUUUCCCUACUCGAUGGGCGUCCAUCAGCAACCAACGCAGAUCAACACGCAGGAGCAGGAUGAAUUUGCUCAGUUCCACAUCCACUUUUAUCCGCCGUUGUUGCGGUCCGCUUCGGUGCGCAAGUUCUUGGUCGGCUUCGAGAUGAUGGCGGAACCGCAGAGGGAUUUGACUGCGGAACAGGCGGCGAAACGCAUCCGCGAGUGCGAUGAUAUACACUACCUUGCGACGUUGGAGAAGUAG